UCCCUUGGUCCGUUCCUCCCUCUUUUGCUCUAUUCUAUCCUCUUUUCCCAGAGACUCCCAGCGAGCGAGCGAGAUGGGGAAGAAAGAGCUGCUGGCGUCCGCGCCAUGGCGGGGCGAGGAGACAAGCAACAAGUUCGAGGACGCCAAGCUCCGGGCAACCAACCACCCCGGAGCCACCUCCACCAUGCACGUCCCCCGCAAGAAGAAGUCCGUCUCCUCCCGCGCCGCCGAGGACGAUGACGACGACCUCGAGGCGGAGAUCGACCCUGAGCUCAGAUAUAGCUUCCAGAGGAACUUCCAGUUUCUCCAGCGAGUUUUCAGUAUAGACACCAUUGUGAAACCUCUUCCUCCUGCUAUGGCAUAUAAUGCAUCUCGCAACCUGAAUUUUUUUGUUCGCAUUUUCACACAGUUUUUUGAUCCAGAGGGAAUUGCUGGAGCACAAAAAUCACUUGGGCUGGGGCAGGAAGAGAAGGUCCGUCAUGUUCGUUGAGCGAUGCUUGUACUAUUUACUCUCUGAACCUUGUUUGUUAUACUGAGCUCGGCAUUUUUCUUUGUUCGACAACCGUGUAAGAGUUUGGUUCAUCUUUUAUGGGUGCUUUUUAAUCAAACUUGGUGUAAAUGGAAUCCAGUUGUCUGGCUAACGGCAUGUGUGGCUCGAGCACUAUGUUCUGAUUACUUACAGGAGAUGGCCAGGAACAACGAAAGUUGGCUCUUUUAAAAAUCAUUCAAGUGAAAUUAGCUGUUUGCUCUUAUGGUUUAAUUUA